AUGGCUACUGAAGACAUUGCCGUGACAAAGUUCCGCGAAUACCUUCGCGUCAAAACCGAACAACCAAAUCCGGAUUAUGGUGAGUUUCAGAUAUAAAAUUAUCAAAUUUUGGUUUUUUUUCCAGAAGCAUGCAGGUCUUUUCUGUUCAACCUUGCGGAUGAGCUCAACAUUGAGAAAAAAUCAGCCUUUGUAGGGUCAAAAAUAGCAUUUUUAUUCUAAUUUUCGAGUUAUAGGUAGUGGCAGAAGCCCCGUUUGUGAUCAUGACGAUACCUGGCAGCAAGCCAGAACUUCCCUCCGUCAUGUUAUACUCCCAUACUGACGUCGUCCCAACUUUUCCGGUACCUUUUUCAAAUUUCCCUCAAAUUUUGAAAAUUAUAUGUUCAGGAGCACUGGAAAUAUGAUCCUUACUCAGCUUAUAAAGACGAAAAAGGUGAUAUUUACGCAAGAGGGUCUCAGGUGGAACUGAAAAAAACCAAAAUUGAAUAAAAAAAGAUUUUAGGACAUGAAAUGCGUCGGAUCCCAGUAUUUCGAGGCGAUCCGUCGGCAUUUUAAUAAUGGAAAAAAGCAGUGGUUGAGGACGAUUCACAUCGUUUGGGGGCCUGGUGAGCCUUUUUUUCGAAAUAAUUGAAAUUUUGGUCUGCCUAAAAAUUUGGGAGCUGCAAUUUUGGUCUGCUAAAUAAUUUGAGAGCUGCAAAUUGGUCUGCUUUUUUUGUACCAUUGUGGAUUACUGUAGAAAUGAAGGUACGGUAUUUUUUGCUUAUAAAAUUCUCUUUUUGCUACAACGCUAUUUCUAUGGUUUUAGACAUGAAAAAUAUAAUUUUUUUGAUUUUAAAAUUAUUUUUGGAAACCUUUUUUUUGGCGUGCCUAAUGAUUCGAGAGCUGCAAGUUGAUCUGCUUAUAGUAUCCUUAUGGAUUACUGUGGAUAAUAUUGAGAUACGGUAUUGAAAUUUUCUUGUUGAGACCUCUUCAUUCUGAAUAUUUGCGCCUUUAAAAUGGCUGGACUUGAAAUAACACUGAAAAUGGCUCAUUUUCUCGGUUGGUUAAAAAAAAAGAAAUAUUAUUCUUUCAAAAUUUCCAAAAAGGCUCUGGAAACGGACUGAAGGUUUUGAAAAAUCAUAUUCUCCAAAAAACUCAUUUUCUGCAUUUCUUUUCUUCUUUUUUUGAAUGCAUUCUACUUUUUUUGCCUUUUUCUUUGUCUCGAAACCUGUUUUACGAGUAAAUUUUAAGCCAGAAUAUUUCAAAAAAAUUGAAAUUUUGGUCUCUUUUGUACUUAUCCUAGAUGAAAAGAUCAAAAUUUAAAAAAUUAUAGGCUCAGGCAAAAUUAUCCCCAUCUCAAGAUUCGCUCAAAACACUAUGAAAAAUGUGAAAACGGAUUCAAAGAAUCAAAAAAAAAAACAACUUUCUGAAGAGAGUCUAGAGAAAAAAAGAGCAUCUGCUUGUCUGGUAUCUCUUCAGACAGCUUCUGUCCUUCUUGAGAUUUUUAGUAAAAAUUUUUUCAAGACGAGGAGAUCGGCGGCGUGAACGGCAUGAAGACGUUCUGCUCCUCGGACGACUUCAAGAAGCUCAACGUCGGCUUCACCCUCGACGAGGGCAUCGCCACGGAAGACGACGUCUACAAGGUCUUCUACGCCGAGAGAAGCCCCUGGUGUUGGUUUUCCGACGUCUUCCGCCACUCCCAACUCGUUUUCCAGGGCUCAAAGUUACCUUUGGUGGCUCCCCCGGCCACGGAUCCAAAUUCAUCGAGAACACCGCCAUGGAGAAGUUGGUACUGAACAAAGAUCAUGAAGAAGUUCAAGAAAAGUUUGGAUUUAGCACAAGUUCAUGAACAAUGCCAUGAGCUAUCGAGCGGAGCAAAUGGAAGUUUUGAAAAAUAAUCCGGAUUGGACGGUUGGUGACGUCACGUCGUUGAAUUUGACGAUCGUCAACGGCGGCGUCCAGGUCAACGUCGUCCCCGACAAGUUCAUCGCAUGUUCGUUUUUUAUCAGUGGAGCGAAUUUGAGCUCCUGGCCAAGAUGAUAUAUAGUUGGAGCGCUUCAGGGUCUGAAAAUCGAGCUUUGAAAAAAUUAUCAAUGGAGCGAAUCUGAGGUCUGAAAAAAGCCGUGAAGUCUUUUAACAGACAUUUAAUUAUUAGGGCUCAGUAGAAGUUUGAAAAAUUGAAAUUUUUGAAAAAAAAAAGAGGUUCGGACCUUGGUGACAAAAGUUGAAUGGUUCUGAGCAAUUCUAGGGAUCACUUAAGACUCCUGACGGUACUAAAGUGGCCACUUGAAAUGCUUGGAAGCGUCCGGAGCGUGUCCGGUUUGCGUUACCGAAAUCCGAGUACGCUAUUUACAAAAAAUAAGUUUUUAUCCGUAGAGCGCAUUUGAGGCCUCAAAAAAGCCGCGAAGCUCUCAAAUUAGAGAAAUUAAUAUUACGACUCAGCAGAAAUUUGAAAAAGAGCCUCAAAUCAUAUGUCAUGAGAGAAAGUUUGAAGUGGCGAAAAAAUUCAAAAAACUUGAGAAAUGUAAUUUUAUCGAUAGAGCGUAAAGGGUUUGAAUAAAUAGCCGCAGUUUCAAAAAAGGCUUUUUCUCCUGUAAGCUUUCAUUUGAAUGUUCACUACUGAAUUUUCUGCGUUCCUAAUCCUAACUGUUCGUUAGAGCGCAUAAGAUAUGAUAAAAUAGAGAAAAAUAAAAAUAGCCUAAGACUUUAGAAAGCGCAAAAAAUUGGGAUAAUUCAGUAAAAUUGAUAACCUGACUCUCGAAAACCAAAAAUUACAUCAGAGAUCUUUUCAUAGACUCCUAUCAAUUAAUAUCACCUUGACUCUAGUCGAAGGGUCAAAAAUUGUUACAAAAAACCGGUUUUCGCAAACGGAAGAACAAUUUUUCCGUUUGACAGAUUGCGACAUUCGUGUGACGCCCAGGGAAGAUUGCAGCAAAUUGAAGGCUCGAAUUGAGAAAUGGGGAACCGACGCCGGGGACGACGUCACCUUGGAGUUUAUUCAGGUGAUUUCGAGGGAAAAAUAG